CCCCUUGCCCUCCUGUGCCGGGCAGUUUUGGAGCCGCUGUGUCCAUCUCUCCCCUGCAGCACUGCUUGUCACCCUCCGGCGUCAGCCCGGCACCAGGCACCGCUUUGCUCCAGCUCGGGCUGGGCUGUGGCAGCAGCACCCCGAGGCCACAUGGCACCGACGGGGACAGUGCUUGCCUUGUCGCUGUCCCCUCGAGGCAGGCGGCAGUGACCGGGGCGCAGUCCCCACUCCAGCCAGGCUCUUCUCCUCCCUCCUGGGCGGGGAGAGUGGACAGGAGAUAAAAGGGGGACCAGGGCCAGCUGGAAGUUGCUGAAAGCUGCUGGGGCCGGGAGCGAGGGAGGACGGCAGCGAGGAGAAGUGCGUGGAUCUGGGAGGAGAGUAACAGGCCGUGUGCCCCUGCCAGGGCCGGGGUCCAGGAUGGGGCUGCUGGUGCUGGCCCUGGCCACCUGGCUGGGGCUGGGGCUGGCCUCAGCCUCCCAGGAGGCGGCCAACAGCAGCCGGAUCUGCCAGGAGGCACCGGCGUGGACCAUCAAUGGCUCGAGCCCGAUGGAGGGGGCGGCCGGGCAGGUGACGGUGGUGGCGCUGCUGAAGGCCAGCUGACAGUUCUGCCUGAGGCAGGCCCACAGCCUCGGGGGCCUGCGGGAGCGGCUGGCCCGGCAGGGCACGGCCCAUGUCCGCUACAUGAUCGUCAACGAGAAGGCGCCGCUGUCCCGCGCCAUGCUGCCCGAGCUGCAGCGCCAUGCCCCGCCCGGCGUGCCCGUCCUCCAGCCCGAGCAGGGCGACCCCGACGUCUGGCAGGUCCUGGGGGGUGACAAGGACGACUUCCUUGUUUAUGACCGAUGUGGCCGCCUGGCUUUCCACAUCCAGCUGCCCUUCAGCUUCCUCCACUUCCCCUAUGUGGAGGCAGCCAUCCGCUACAGCCACAUCAAGGACUUCUGUGGCAACUGCUCCUUCUACCCCAACACCACCCAGGAGUCUAACAGUACCAUGGAGGUCCCUGCAACCCCAAGCUCACUUCCUGAACACGAGGGGAUGGAAUCAGAGACCCCCAUCCACCAGCACAAGCCCCUCCAUCCUCACCACCAUCACGAGGUCAGCAGUGAGAGAGAUACAAACCCAAGUGAAGACCACAAACCUGCUACCCAUGCUCACCACCACCAUGGAGACCAUGGCCAGCUCCAUCACAAGGGGAAGAAGCAGAAGGAGGGGGAUGAGCAUUAAACCAGGCUGGGCAGCCUUGCAGAAACCAGUAGUGUGCAGAUGACCCCAACUCACUUCACAGAAGCAUGGAAGGACUGGCUUUGGGCUGCUGGUCACCAGCAGUGCUGGUUUAACAACUCCCUCCAGCAUACCCCAUUGUGGGUUGCACUCCUACGCUGUGAUAGGGAUGGAAAUUCCCCUUGGACCCUGCUCAGUGCUGCAUUUUCAGCCCCAGAGCUCAGUUCUGAGCCUUCAUCUGCCACCGCCUGCCUUUCUGUGCUCAAUGAAGCCUGCUGUGCAAACCAGGAGGUCCCUGGUCACUGCUGGCUGACACUGCACAGAGCAGCAGGGCGGGCGUGGAGGGGCCAGAGCUGGGAUGGGAGCAGCACUGCUGGCAUCCUCUGCCCAUCCAGACACUCCUGGUGUGCUGGAAUCCCUGCGUUUCCUGGCCAGGGAGCGAGGGGAGGGACAGGGUGUGCCCCGCAGGACAUGGUCCCAGGGGACUGAGGGCACAAGGAGCAGUGGGAUGUCGCAGGUCCCCGUGGUCCAGACCCUGUAGCCCCAGAGCUGUCACAGCCUGCGCACCCCGCAGACCGUGCACACGGGUAUGUGCAGUGGUGGCGGGUGGCCGCAAGAUGGUGGCCUUGUCCCCUCUUGGAGACCCAGGGCUGCAUGCAAUGGGCACGGCCUGAGGAGGACAGGGUGAGGAUCCCGAGGUCUUUCCUGGGGGCAGCGUGGAUAUCCGGAGUACGAAUAAAACCUCUGUGAAGUGA